AUGAUGAUUAGAAUACACCGAUGGAUCCUGACGUUGCUGUUGGAGAUGGCAGUCCUUGCCACUCCAGGUCUAGCGUUUCAGAAUGUUCCUGUAUCCAUUGUUGGAUCAUCCUGUCGGUCCCACCACCCCUUGCAACGAAGCAGUGGAAUAUGUAGCAGUCUGUAUGCGGCACAGCAACAAGAACAAUCCAAAUCUACAGAGGGCACGACAACCAGUGGUAGCACAGACAGUCCAACAGACAGUAGCAAUGGCCAAGAAGAGGGAGAAGAAGCUGAUGUCAAGAACCUUAGAGUCCCACAGGUUCACUUGCCACCUCGGUUGGCACCUGGAGUGGCGUGGCAGCAUCACCAUCGGGCUACCGUGCAACUGGUAAGAGAUCAUACGUCCGGUAUCAAUAAGCAACAACAACCAACACCACAAUUGGAGGUAUCAGCCGAAGCUACUGACGAGGAAGCAGACGCACAAGGCAAUCCCGUCGGACGAUUUCUAUCCAAUAUUGGGAGAUCAUCACCCCUCGUCUCGGCAUCUCCCGAAUGGAAACGAUUGCAACAACAUGCCAAGUACAUUCAAUCUACUCAUCUACGAGACUUACUCCAAGAUACGGAGCGUUGCCAAGAAAUGUAUGCAACACACGAUGGCGUCUACUUGGAUUAUUCCCGUCAACGAGCCGACUUGGAAACCAUGCGACUCUUGUUCGAAUUGGCCGAAAAACAAAAUCUCAAACAACAAAUCGAAGCCAUGUUUGAUGGCGAGAAAAUUAACUUUACCGAAGAACGAGCCGUUCUACACACGGCACUGCGAGCCGAUCGCAGCAAAAUUGGAACCGUCAUGGUCGAUGGUGUCGAUGCCGUACAAGAAGUACACGAGGUGCUCGAUCAGAUUCAAGAGUUCACACAGGGCGUACGAUCUGGUGCUAUUCGUGGAUACACGGGAAAGAGAUUACGCAACAUUGUAUCGGUCGGCAUCGGAGGAAGUUACCUAGGACCGGAAUUCCUCCACGAAGUCCUCAAGACGGAACCGGAAGGCAGCAAUGCGGCUUUGGGAUACAGUCUUCGAUUCCUGGCAAAUGUCGACCCCGUGGAUGUCGAACGAACCUGCGCCGAUCUUGAUCCGGAAGAAACCAUGAUUGUCAUUGUGUCCAAAACGUUCACCACAGCCGAAACCAUGUUGAAUGCACGCACGAUGCGUCAAUGGUUGUGGGAUUUCAUGGGAAAUGAUAAGGAAGUCGUGCGGAAACAUUUUGUGGCGUGUGCGUCCGUGUCGGCCACCGACAAGGUCCGAGACUUUGGCAUUGACACGGAGAAUCGAUUCUUUCGAUUUUGGGAUUGGGUCGGUGGACGCUACAGUGUGUGCAGUGCUGCUGGUGCUGUGCCUCUCUCGCUUUUGUAUGGCUUUGAUCUGUUUGAAAAAUUUCUGCAGGGCGCCCGUUCCAUGGAUGAACAUUUUCGAUCGGCACCCAUGGAGAAGAAUAUCCCUAUUCUCAUGGGUCUGUUGGGAGUCUGGAACAUGUCUUUUCUGGGAUACAAUACGAGGACCACACUGCCCUAUGCGGAAGCCUUGCUCAAACUGCCGGCUCAUAUUCAACAACUGGACAUGGAAAGCAAUGGCAAGUCCAUGACAAAGUUCGGAAUCCCCGUCGAUUAUCCCGUGGGAGAAAUUGAUUUUGGUGAACCAGGGACCAACGGCCAGCACAGCUUCUACCAGCUCUUACACAUGGGACAGACGGUGGCUUGUGACUUUAUUGGAUUCGUGCAAUCGCAGCAAGAUUUGUGCCUCGAUGACGAAAAACUGUCCUCCCACGACGAACUCAUGGCCAACUUUUUCGCCCAACCCGAUGCCUUGGCUACUGGCAAGACUGCUGAACAAGUCAGGAGCGAAGGAGUCAAGGACGAACUCAUCCCUCACAAGGUCUUUGAAGGCAAUCGUCCCAGUAUUUCCUUUUUGCUACCAAAGCUUACUGCCUACGCGACGGGCCAGCUUCUGUCUAUGUACGAACACAGAACGGCUACGCAAGGAUUUAUCUGGGACAUUAACUCGUUUGACCAAUGGGGAGUGGAACUGGGGAAGAAACUUGCCAUUGACAUUCGGAACAAGUUCCUAAAGGCUCGAAACGAACAGAAAGAAGAAAGGAGAGCCGAAGAGGAGGAUAUUGUCGAAGCUGACAAUCCAGCGACUGAACGGAUUCUAAACUACUAUGUCAAGAACUCGGCAGAGGAGUCAGGUGAAGCAAGGGGGUUUGGACGCGGCUCUAGCGGCGAAGCGACGUCAUCGUCGCGAAAGUCACAACGAGAGCACGUCCCUCCGGAACGCAACGACCUUUGUGGAAAGAAUGGAAAGCUGUCUCGAUAG